UUGGCGACCGCGUUGCCAACUGCAGUUGACACCUAGUAAACCAACACGGAGCUUCCUUACUGGGAUACUGUGGCAAGACUUGGCUCUGAGUUUCCUUCGAUAUUCAAACCUUUAGGAACUGAUUUCCUACACAUUUUGGUUCUGGGUUUGGGAGAGGCCAUCUUGGCAUAGUCUCUUAUCUUGGGUUGGGAAUGCAGGAGAAGCUUAGCGGGAAGGAAGGGACCUGGAAAGCAGACAUUUACCAUGGAGAUAUUCUUCCCCAAAAAGGAAAGGACACCCCUGGGAUUUUGUGAUGGCCUGGAUAAGAUCUUCGUGGGCUUUGGGAACAAGGACGAGAGAGGCUGCCAGCCGCCCAAAUACCACACCAGCUAUGCACCUUUCUAUCCUAUCCACAAGGCUGCAAGCACAGGUGACAUAGAUACAGUGAAGAGCUUUGUCCAAAAGGGAAUUUUUGCCAUGGAACAAAUAGAUUGGAAAAACAGGACUGCCCUGCAUUUUGCCUGUGUCUAUGGCCAACCAGAGGUGGUGACGGUCCUGGUGGAGGGCAGCUGUGACAUUAGUCCAAAGGACAUCAACAACACCACACCGUUAAUUAAGGCUGCACAAUGCAGACAGACGGAAUGCCUUGAUAUUCUGCUGAAGCAUGGUGCUGACCCGAAUAUCAUGGACUCUCACGACAACACCGCUCUGCACUACGCCGUUUACAAUGGGGAUGUCGAAACAGCCGCUAAGCUGCUUGAAUACAAGGCAAACACUGAAGCAACAAACGAGAACAAGAUCACACCACUUCUGCUUGCUCUGAAACAAAACAAGGAGAAAAUGGCAGAGUUCUUAAUCAACAACGGGGCAAAUACAAAAACAUGUGAUUUUCUGGGAAGAAGCACCCUUAUGUAUGCUGUAAGGUGUGGGUCCGAACUUAUCAUCAAGCUUCUUCUUCAAAGAGAUAUAGAUACCUUUAAGCAAGACGCCUUCGGCUGGACAGCGAAACGUUAUGCUGUUGAAAGUAAAAGCAACGUUAGAAAACUACUUAUUGACUAUGAUGAAGAGAAAAUGAGACAGACAUGUUCAGAGAUCACCAGGAAAAAGGCUUGCUCAACGCCCUUCCUGCCUACCUCGAAAGUGAAGGAUGCUCUUCAAAGUAAAGAAGUGGAAAAGUCAGAGGCGAAACCAUCCCAGUCAAAACCAGGCUUACAAGUGUCCUCAGAGAAAAAGUCAAAAAAGCAUGUUCACAAAGAAAAUAAACGACCACUGGUAAAGUUUCAAUAUCUCACUCAAUAUAUUCAAUAUGAAGACUAUUUUAAAGGCCAAGUAGAAUUUUCUUCAAACUUUCUUGAAGAUUUAAUAGAUGACUUCAUGCUUCAUUUUUGAAAUGUUUAAACUAGC